UGCAGGCUGCGCUGCAGAAGGAAGGAGGACGCAGUAAGUUGGAAAAGCAGCAGCAGGAGGAGGCUGUGAGAGGAGCCCCGUAGGGCUGUCACGGGCAGCUCCUGGCAGGCGACAACCAUCACACAUACCGCCUGUUACUAGCCAUCACUGGGGAGGAUGUUGUGCAUUACCCGGCACAGGAGGCUCUGAUUGCAGUUGGAGCAGGAUUUGGUGCAUGUGGGAAAUCCUCUUUAUCCAGUGACCGGGAGAGUGCGGCGGAGAGUGACCGGGAGAGUGCGGGAGCGCUGCGGCGGAGAGUGAACGGGAGAGUGCGGGAGCGCUGCGGCGGAGAGUGACCGGGAGAGUGCGGGAGCGCUGCGGAGAGUGACCGGGAGAGUGCGGGAGCGCUGCGGAGAGUGACCGGGAGAGUGCGGGAGCGCUGCGGCGGAGAGUGACCGGGAGAGUGCGGGAGCGCUGCGGCUGAGAGCCGCACAUGCUGUAGCUACGCUGCCCGGGAUCCUAGCAUGAUGAAGCCGCUCCCAGCUGUCUCUGAUCACGCAGGGCAGGAGUGCUCCCCCAGGCGCAGAGAGAAGGGGGAGGCGGGCUCGGAGCGCCAGAGGACCCGGGAGCGCCUGGAAGCCACCCUGGCCGGACUGGGGGAGCUGGGAUACCUGCGGCACAGGCAGGAGACCCUGGUGAGGGCUGCUCUCAGUCCCGGGGUGGUGGGGUGUGGAGACCCCGCUGGGAGAGGUGACAGCCCCCGGAGUCUGGAGGAGAGGUACCUGGAGGAGAACAUCUUGCUGCUGAAAAAACAGCUGAACUGCCUCCGUAAAAGGGACGCUGGCCUGUUAAAUCAACUUCAUGAGCUGGACAAGCAGAUUAAUGAUCUGAAGCUAGAUGUUGAGAAGACCACAGAGGAUCAUCUGGAAACAGACAGCCGCCCCAGUUCAGGAUUUUAUGAGUUGAGUGAUGGGACGUCAGGAUCUCUCUCUAACUCCUCAAACUCUGUCUUCAGUGAAUGUUUAUCCAGCUGUCAGUCUAGCACCUGUUUUUGCAGCCCUCUAGAAGCAUCAGUAAAUAUCACAGAUGGUCAACAAAGAUCAGCAGAUGAUUUCUUUGAGUGGUUGGACUACAGAGAAGGACAAUAUGAAAGUACGGGAACUGUGCGUCGUUCUCUCUCCGCACCCAGUUCUAACAUAGCGGAAGUUGUUGCUGAUGUACAUCCUAAGUAUCAGUGUGAUCUGGUGUCUAAGAACGGCAAUGAUGUGUACAGAUAUCCAAGCCCUCUUCACGCGGUGGCUGUGCAGAGCCCGAUGUUUUUGUUAUCGAUGAUGGGAAACAUGGAGGUGGAGGAGGAGAGUGAAAUGGGUGCAAUUAUGAAUGACUGCUUAGUGCCUGACCUGGACUCCGUAAAACCUGAAGACCCCCUUCAGCGGCAGAGUAGUGUCUGCUCUGCCCCGCUUUCAACUGGUAAAAAAUUGGACGGUUAUAUUUUAAGCGUGAUUCAGAAAAAAUCUCAUCCCAUAAGGACUAACAAACCCAGAACCAGCGUAAAUGCAGACCUGGGGAAAGGUAUUUUACGGCAUGGGAGUAUGUGUGUCAAACAGACUAGUGGCAUCUCUCAUAGCAACACCACUAACCUGAAGAAUCCUAAACAGCUCUGUUUACAUUCCUCUGGAAUCCUCUCAGGGGAUAACUCUUACCCAUCUCUGAAACAGUGCUCUAAGGAAACUCAGGGUGAACAGCUGGAAAGUAAAAAGAUGCCAUCAGUCCUGCGUUAUCAGUCAAGUAACAUUAAUGAACUACAAAGCCAAAACAAUUCUCUGAACGCUGUGCAGGCUGUCUGUCAAAGUAUCCUAAGGGUCCCCGUGGCUGGAACAUCAAAUAUUCAAAAGGACGUUAAUGUAAAUCCAAUGCCAUUAACGAGUCCUUUCUCCACGGUUUCCAAUCUUCUUUGCAAUGCGUCACCUAAGGAAACGCAUAGUAUUGCUCCUCUUGCCCAAGAGAAUAAAAUUCUGCCACUGCCAAAAAGGAUUUCACCCAAAAAUACAAUAGACACUUAUCAUAUCUCAUCACUUGAUGAGAGACCACCAUUAGACUUCAAGAGUGAAGGGUCCUCCUCCCAGAGCUUGGAUGAAGGGCUAUUGGUCAAUGCACACUAUAUACCUGCACAACAACAAGGUGUAAGGCUACAUAAAACAACCAAAAAUGUGAAGAUCGUGAAGAGCUCCACUUUUAAACACAGGUCAAAUGUUCAAAAUAUUAUGGACAAUGGGUCUCAGACGUUGAAAGAAAAGAGUAAGGUUAUCAAGAAAUGCAGGUUUCCUGAUGAUUUGGAUACAAACAAAAAAGUAAAAAAGAUUUCUCAAAGAGUAAAAAAAGUUGUUCAUUCGCAAGUAGAGACUGGUAUUGUGGGUAAACAGUCAGGGGCAAGCAAAUCUGGAACCAAACCUCAUGGGCAUGCAAAGGAUGUGGUUUUGGCCAAGCCCAGACACAAAAGAGGAGAUUACCGUAGGUGGAAGUCAUCAGCCGAGAUAGCUUAUGACGAGGCAUUACGGAGGGCAAGGAGACGGAACCAGACAGAAAUGGUUGGACUUUUUACGCAAGUUCCUAUUCCCUAUGCUAGCCCAUAUGCAUAUAUAGCUAGUGACUCGGAGUAUUCUGCAGAAUGCGAGUCUCUGUUUCAUUCCACUGUGGUAGACACAAGUGAAGAUGAACAGAGCAAUUAUACAACAAACUGUUUUGGGGACAGUGAGUCUAGUUUAAGUGAGGUAGAGUUUGUUGGAGAAAGCACAACUUCAAGUGACACCGAUGAAAGUGGAGGACUAAUCUGGUCCCAGUUUGUACACACCCUUCCAAUGCAAACCCACACAGCUGCUGACCUUCAGACCACAGCCAAGGCCUUUGUCAAAAUUAAAGCCUCUCACAAUCUAAAGAAGAAAAUUCUUCGCUUUAGGUCUGGGUCUCUAAAAUUGAUGACAACCGUUUGACACCUGAAGUGUCGUCUUCAGUGUUUGACCCCUUUCUGUAUAUAAAUCUGCAUCAUUUGUGGAAAUAUUUAAAGUUUACAUUAACUUAUGUUGACUCCUAAAACUGUUCUUCUGCCAAAAUUCUCCUAACCAGUGAAAUACCUGAAUCAAUUGGCUGACCAUUUUCCAGAGAACAUCUCAAACUCAAUUUUGACUUGUUGGCCAGAAGGCCACCUAACAUGCAUUCAAAAUUACUCUGUACAGAUCAAAAUUUGUCUUUUCUACUCUUCAACUUUAGGACCUUAUCUUAACAUUCCAUCUGAAGUGGCACUCUUUUUGUCAGAAGGAAUUUUGUAUUUGCCUGUAUGUGUUCGUGUCUUCACAAGCGCUCAAUGUGAGCAAGGAUUUUGGACCUGGUGACACAUUCAGAACUUGACUCUAAGUGUCUGGGAUGGAUAGUAUUUCCCAGUCACGCAAUUUUAAAUGAUGGGUCGCUUUCAUCAAACAUAUGCAUGCAGUAUGCAUGAAUAGUAUUGGUUCCCAUAUGUCUCAUACUAUGGAUUUUAUGUAUAUUAUAAUCACAUGUAUUUUAUAUAUUUUGUAAGUUAUAUAACACAUUUUACAUGGUUAUAAACUGUCUGCUUUAAUGCUGUUUAAAUUUAUUAAAUUGGAAAGGUACAAUA